AUGGGAGACUCCCGCUCUCAUUCCCGUCGACGGAGUGGACAUGAAGGUAGAUCGAUGGAGAAUGGUCGAGCUCAAGACACUCACGGAAGACCUGGGCUUUACCGCAGAGACUCAAAUGUCAGCAAUGCAAGCUUUUACAGCGAGGUUGAAAUGGCACAAGAUGAAGUAUUUGCUGGUCCUACCUCUGAAAGUCUUGCAUCGAGCGUAUCCUCCUUCCAGCACCGCCGCCGUUCGAGAGCGGAUUCAAAUGUCAGCUACUCUUUCUACCAGCCGGAACGCGGUGAUGACCAAGAGAGUCUUUGGGAGGACGAAAGAGAUGGUAGUGUGUUUCUGAAUGACGACGAAUACACGUCAGAUGUUGACAGAGAUAUUGAGGAGAUUGCACCGCUACGACGAAUGUCCUCGUAUCGUUCAGUCACAGCUGAAGACCCUUUACUUGAACAUAGGGAUUCUUCAGCAUUCCACCGCGAUUCCCUCAGAACAACACAGAAAAUCUACAUUGUUACAGAAGAUCUAACCAUUGUAGUUGCUGGAUUUACUACAAGUCGAUUGGGAUAUGUGCUAUACUUGGUUAUAUCAACAAUCACUCUAGGUAUCGGCUGGCUUUUACUACGGUGGAUCCCUCGCUGGCGUAUACGGCUGGUAGGGAAACCAUCGACAAUCCGAGAAUGUGAUUGGGUUGUUGUUGAAAAUCAAUGGAACGAACUAAGCGUCCAAAAUAUUCACAUACGCCGUUACGGUCAGUCCCUCUCUACGAUCUUUGGGGUCCAUGAGAAGUCUUCUGCCAUACCGUUUAAUCCAGAUGAGGAUGAUGAUCCAGUGAUCAACUCUCUUCGUUGUUUGGAUUAUCGUUAUAUCAGGUUUAUUUAUCACCCAUUACAGGACAAAUUCAUGCUUAAUAAUAGCUGGAAGGAUCCAAACUGGGUCGAUGUAAGGGCUGUUCGGUCUGGUAUUGAUGGUGAUGAGAAAGAGCAGCGGAAUUUGGUUUUUGGGUCAAAUGUUAUAGAUAUAGAAGAAAAAACUGUUAUGCAACUUUUGUUGGACGAGGCCUUCCAUCCCUUUUACGUUUUUCAAAUUGCUAGUUUGGUUCUCUGGUCAAUUGAUGAUUACUACUAUUACGCCGCCUGUAUAUUUCUCAUCUCGGCCUUCAGUAUCACCAGCACCCUGCUCGAAACAAAAUCGACUAUGCAUAGGUUACGCGAGAUAUCUCGCUUUGUAUGUGAUGUUCGUGUGUUGAGAAACGGAUUUUGGCGCUAUGUCUCUUCAGAGGACCUGGUUCCCGGUGAUGUUUACGAAAUCACCGAUCCUUCACUAUCUUUAUUUCCAUGCGACAGUAUACUUCUUGCAGGUGAUGCCAUUGUGAAUGAGAGCAUGUUGACCGGUGAAUCUGUACCCGUCUCCAAGGUUCCCUGUACAAAUGAGUCGCUUGGGUUAUUAGAUCUAGCAUCAUCCUCAAUUCGCCCUGAGGUAGCCCGUCAUUUUUUGUUUUGUGGGACAAAGAUUGUACGGGCCCGGAGACCCCAGGAUGGGGCUGAAGAAGAAGCUGUGGGUCUUGCAUUAGUUGUCAGAACGGGAUUCAAUACGACUAAAGGUGCCCUGGUUCGUUCGAUGCUUUUCCCAAAGCCUUCAGGAUUCAAGUUUUAUCGCGACUCAUUCUACUACAUUGCGGUGAUGGGUUUGAUUGCCGCUUGUGGGUUCGUGGUAUCUUUUAUAAAUUUCGUUCAUCUCGGCCUUGCAUGGCACUUGGUAGUUGUCAGGGCUUUGGAUCUCAUCACUAUUGUGGUUCCUCCUGCGUUACCAGCUACACUUAGUAUCGGGACAAACUUUGCACUUUCACGACUGAGAAAGAAGAAGAUUUUUUGCAUCAGCCCACAGAGGGUCAACGUUGGCGGAAAAUUAGAUGUCGUAUGUUUCGAUAAAACUGGGACCUUAACAGAAGAUGGGUUGGACGUACUUGGCGUACGUGUUGUUGACAAACAUAAUAAUACUUUCUCUGAACUUUUGAAGGAUGCGCCGUCUCUUCUUCCUGGGCCAUUCGAGCGUGAUCCCACGGCGGAUCUCAAAACCCAUGAAGGAGUUCUUUACACCAUGACAACCUGUCAUUCGUUAAGGCUUGUGGACGACGAGCUUCUCGGAGAUCCUCUUGAUUUAAAGAUGUUUGAAUUCACAGGGUGGUCCUUUCAAGAGGGAGAAGGUAAAAAACGCGGCGCAGAUGAGGGUAAUGGGCAUGAUAGCACAGCCUUUGGGAUUUCGCCCCCAGUAGUUCGACCACCGCAUGGAAGGGAGAUAAGUGCUGGUGGCGAAUUCCACGACGAAUUGACCGGCCAGAAUUCACCAUUGGAGCUAGGAAUAUUCAAACAAUUCGAAUUUGUUUCACAGCUGCGUCGUACUAGUGUUGUUGUUAAACAAUUCCGGGCUUCCGGUGGUAACGUUUACCUUAAAGGUGCCCCAGAAUGCAUGAAAGAGAUAUGUCGCCCCGAGAGCUUUCCACCUGAUUACGAGGAGCUUUUAUCAUUCUAUACACAUCGCGGAUACCGUGUUAUAGCGUGUGCUACUAAACACAUUGAAAAUCUUAGCUGGAUAAAGGCCCAAAAGAUGAAGCGAACAGAUGCUGAGAAAGACCUUGAUUUUGUUGGGUUCAUCAUUUUCGAGAAUAAGCUAAAGCCUCAGACCACGGGGGUUAUCGAAGAGUUGAGAGAGGCAAUUAUCCGCAAGGUUAUGUGCACUGGUGACAAUAUUUUAACAGCUAUUAGCGUUGCGAGGGAGUGCAAUCUAGUAGAUAAGGAGACACAUAUAUUCGUCCCGCAUUUCAUCGAGGGAGAUGCACGAGAUCCGCACGGGAGGUUACGAUGGGAGAGCGUCGAUAACAGGAUCUAUACACUUGAUGAGCACACACUUAUGCCUUCACCUCUAUCAACAGACCAAGACGUCUCUGGUCCAUACCAGAUCAGUAACUUCCGAGGUUAUUCGUUAGCGGUCAGCGGCGAGGUCUUCAGAUGGGUUAUUGACUACGCCCCGCAAGAAGUCCUCCAUCGCAUGCUUGUGCGUGGACAAGUAUUUGCACGUAUGUCACCAGAUGAAAAACACGAACUCGUUGAGAAGCUUCAAAGUAUCGACUAUUGUGUUGGAUUCUGUGGUGAUGGAGCAAAUGAUUGUGGUGCAUUAAAGGCUGCAGAUGUUGGGAUCUCUCUGUCUGAGGCCGAAGCAUCUGUUGCAGCUCCUUUUACAAGCAGAGUUUUUGAUAUCUCCUGCGUUCCUGAGGUCAUUAGAGAGGGGAGAGCGGCGUUGGUUACAAGCUUCAGUUGUUUCAAAUACAUGAGUUUGUAUUCUGCUAUUCAGUUUACAUCCGUCAGUAUUCUUUACAAGUCUGCUUCUAAUCUUGGCGAUUUCCAAUUUUUGUUUAUUGAUCUUUUUUUGAUUCUUCCUAUCGCUGUCUUUAUGGGAUGGAGCGGACCUUAUCCUGUACUUUGUCCUAAAAGACCAACAGCGAGUCUUGUGUCUAGAAAGGUUCUCACACCUCUGCUGGGCCAGAUUGCUCUAGCAUUCUUACUGCAAUUUAUUUGCUUUAAGGUUGUUAAGAGGCAAAGUUGGUAUAUACCUCCGGUAAUUGAUGAUGAUAAAUCAAACAUCAUCAACUCGGAGAAUACCACUCUUUUCCUAGUAUCAUGUUAUCAGUAUAUCUUCGCAGGUAUCAUCCUUAGUGUCGGGCCACCAUUCCGUCAACGAAUACAAAACAACCUUCCCUUCGUCCUCACCGUAACAAUAACAGCUCUAUUCGCUACCUACCUUCUUGUAAACCCAGUAGAUUGGCUUUCAAGGUUGAUGCAGCUCACCGAAACGGCAACGUCGUUCAAGUUCUUCUUAGUCGGCAUUGCAGCAGCAGGUUUUGUGGCAUCAUACUUCUUAGAACAUUAUGUUCUCCCACAACUUGCUAGGGCCAUCGGAAAGGUCAAGUUAACGCUGAGCCCUAAGAGUAAAAAGAGGAAGUUAUACAAACUCCUUGAACAGGAAAUGCGUAUUUGA